AUGGAGGAGCCGAUUGAAGUGGACCUGCUCGCAGCCCUGAGGCGCGCCGCGGCCGCGGUCGCCGCCCUCGACGGCAGCGGCGCGCCGGCAGUCGAGGGGACGCUGGCCAGCCCGCGAAUGCUGGGGGGCGGCGGCGGCGCGUUCCAGCUGGCCGCGGCCCUGGCGGGUGGAGAUGCACAGCAGCUGCUGCAGCAGCAGCCGGAACGGCCAGAGCAGCAGCAGCAGCAGCAGCAGCAGCAGCAACAGCAGGAGCAGGGGGUCGAAACCGCGGCUGGUGCCAGCCCCCCGGGCCUGGGCGACGCCCCAGGCCCCGCCCCAAGCCUGGCUUGGUUGCGCCAGAAGGUCCCUGAUUUGGAGUCUGCCACUGCACCCGGCGCAGCCGCAGCAGGCGCGGGCGCGCCCGCGGCGCGCCUGCUUGGCCCUGGCACACUCCACGUGAUGGGGCCGUUGGCGCGCGGCGCGGGGCCGUCGACUGGGGGGCAGGGGGAGCUGCAUGGCUGCAGCAUAGCUGACGAGCAGCAGCAGCAGCAGCAGCAGCAGCAGCAGCAGCAGCAGCAGCAGCAGCAGCAGCAGCAGUUGAACGAAGUGCAGCCGCAGCAGCUCAAGGAAGAGCAGCAGCAGCAGCAGCCCCAGCAGCAGCAGCAGCAGCAGCAGCAGCAGCAGCAGCAAGCGUCGGGCAGCUCGUCCGCGCCGCAGCGGCGCCCGCGCAAGCAGCGGCGCCCGACCGCCUCGUGGCAGGACGCGCCCGAGCGGCCGCCCGCGUCGCCCGCGCCCGCGCCCGCGCCCGACGGCGAGCCCAGCCCGUCGGGCCCCCUCGACGCGCCGCAGGCGGCGUCCGCGCCGCCCGCCUAUGAGGACCUUGACUUGGAUA